GUAAAUUGGUUUCAGCUGGAAACUACACAGAGCUCAAAAAUGGAAACCAAAGUAACGAUCCACAGAUAUUACAGCCGGCAAGCGAAGUAUGCCGGUUCUGUAGAACCGGAUUUGGAAUUGUGCAUCAGGCACUGCGGCGGCGAUGCAGUACGGAUCGAACUGGUUAACCGGCAGCAUGGCAUCCAAUUGCGGCGCAAGGUGCGCCGGUUGCUGCUGCUCGUCUUCCUGGCCAUCGUUUACUUUGUGGGAGUCUGCAGAUUUGAGGACAGGAAGAUACACAUACUUCAGCCGCGCAUUCUGUACCCACUGGUCACCUGUGUUUUCGUUGCCAUCCUGGUGCUCCGCUCCGCCCUGAACUUGGUGCAGGCGGAGCGGCUGUUUUACAGCUGGGACAUGGCGCUUCAGACGGAGACGGUGCGGUCCUUCGGCAGGGAAUCGGUCUUCUGCGUCCAGAGAGGACACAUCGAAGACAUAGUGCUGAACGAAGUCAUUGAAGAUUUGGACGUGAAGUACAUGCUGAUAUUACGAACGAAAGGGAGCAUGUUCAAGAAACGGCCCAUAGUACCCCUUUUUAAUAGCCAAUCCCCAUCAUUUGAGAGUCUGCAGCACAUAUAUCGCGUCCUCAAUGGCUAUUGGCUAAACAGCACCAAGGAUCGGUCCGAGCAGUCCUACAGCAAGGACAAACAGUCCCUGGUGAAGUCGUAGUCCUUCACAACGUCGCCUAUCUGCUUGUGAAAGUGCCCAUUAAAUAAGAGACAGACAAUGCGUAUUAUACCAACUUACCUGAAUCGUG